CCCGGGGCGCGCCAAUUGGGUCGUUAGUUAUGGUUUAAACCGCCGGUGCGGCGCGGUCGGCUGCGGUGUCCGUCUGGUGCAUCUGGCUGUUGGAGCUCGCUGGACCCCGGUGUCCGCGUACGCUCCCUGCCCCCGUGCAAUCCAGGAUGGCGACUCGGAUCUUCGUCGACAAGGAAAACGGAGAACCAGGCGCCCGUGGGGCCCCUAAGGAUGGGCUGAAGCUGGGGUCGGGGCCGGGGUUCUACUUUGUCCUCGCAGUCAAAGCCUUAGAUGGGAGGUCUCAGGUUUCAGCGAAGCACGUUGGCAAGAAGUUCAGUGCUCCACCAGCCUUACCUAAAACAGGCAGAAAGGCUUUGGGAACUGUCAACAGAGCUACGGAGAACUCAGUCAAGAGCAAUGGACCCCUCAGACAAAAACCAAACUUCUCUGCCAAAAAGAUGCCUGAGAAGACUGUCAAAGCUCAAAGCUCUGUUCCCGCCUCUGAUGACACCUAUCCGGAAAUAGAAAAAUUCUUUCCCUUCAAUCCUCUAGAUUUUGAGAGCUUCGACCUGCCUGAGGAGCACCAGAUCGCACAGCUGCCCUUGAGCGGAGUGCCGCUCAUGGUGCUCGAGGAGGAGGAGGAGAGAGGGCUGGAGAGGCUGCUGCAGCUGGGCCCCCCUUCCCCCGUGAAGAUGCCCUCCCCGUGGGGAGCUGAUCCGUUGCAGUCUCCUCCAAGUGUUCUUUCCAUCCUGGAUGUUGAAUUACCACCUGCUUGUUAUGACAUAGAUAUUUAAAUUUCUUACUGGUUUAUAGUUUGUGUGUAUUUGUAUAAAUAAAGCAUUUCUGUGUAACAGA